AUGCCUUACCCCGAGGAAGCUGAAGGCUUCCAGGUUGAUGGACCUGAAUCCUUUACCGACUUCAAGAAGCGAUUCUUCAAGUUGAAGCCUUUCGGUGACCAUGAUGUCGACGUCAAGAUCGAGGCAUGCGGCGUGUGCGGCAGUGAUGUCCACACCAUCAGUGGUGGAUGGGGAGACCAGAAAUUUCCUCUCUGCGUCGGACACGAAAUCAUCGGUCGUGCCAUCCGCGUCGGACCCAAGGUUACCCUAAUUAAAGAAGGCCAGCGCGUCGGUGUUGGCGCCCAAUCCUACUCCUGCGGCGAGUGCAAGCAAUGCCUCAACGACAACGAAACCUACUGCCCCGUGCGAAUGAUGGACACAUAUGGAUCCGAGUGGCCAGAGACCGGCAUCGUCAGCCAAGGCGGUUACUCCUCUCAUGUACGCACACACGAACACUGGGUCUUCCCCAUCCCCGACGCACUGGAGAGUAACACGGUUGCGCCGAUGUUGUGUGCCGGAUUAACGGCUUACUCGCCACUUGUGCGCAAUGGUGCGGGACCUGGGAAGAAGGUCGGUAUCGUUGGACUGGGUGGAAUCGGACACUUUGGAAUCAUGUUUGCUAAGGCGUUGGGAGCGGAGGUGUGGGCGAUUUCGCGAUCGCGGGCUAAGGAGGCCGAUGCGCGGAAGCUUGGUGCUGAUGGGUAUAUUGCUACUGCUGAGGCGGGCUGGGAGGUACCGCAUCAGUUUUCCUUUGAUUUGAUUGUUAACUGUGCCAAUUCUUCUGAGGGAUUUGAUUUGGCGCGGUAUCUGUCUAUGAUGGAUGUUCAUGGAAGGUGGAUUAGUGUUGGAUUGCCUGAGGAGGAGGGACAGGUUAUCAAGGCGCAAAACUUGAUUUCUAAUGGUGUGCUUAUCGGAGCCAGUCAUCUUGGAAGUCGUCGUGAGAUGCUGGAGAUGCUGCAGCUGGCUGCGGAUAAGGGUCUUAAGGGUUGGGUUGAAGAGAUUGCUAUUGGGGAGCAGGGGUUGAAGGAGGCUAUGGAGCGGAUGCAGAAGGGCGAUGUUCGCUAUCGUUUUACUUUGACUGGUUAUGAGAAGGUCUUCGGGUGA